AUGCGAUAUGGGGCCAAAGAGGCAUAUUCCACGGCCUCGCAAAGAAAGAGAACCUCCAGACUGGUAGAGUGGCGACGGUAUUCAACGAUAGGCUUCUUUCAUUUAAAAGGGACCCUAAGAUCUACGGUCACAAUGGUUUGGCCGUUGGACAAUGGUUUCCUUCACAGUUGUCUGCACUAUUCCAUGGUGCGGUCGGCUCGUCACAAGGAGGAAUAUCAGGACAUACGGCGAAUGGAGCCUACUCAAUCGUUGUCAGCGGAGCGUACGAAGACCUGGACACUGACAAUGGAGAGACAUUAUACUACUCCGGCAGUGGGUCUCACGAGAAUACCGAUCCCAAAAAUCACAGAGAGUCAACCACAGGCACCAAGUGUCUGA